CUGUCUUCAUUUUAAAUCUGCUUCGGCUGAUAUAGACGUCGAGAUUGCUGUGGAUGACGGCAAGGUACUCCUUCACGACCUGACACUAUCCUCUGUCUUCAUCCAUUGCAAACCUCAAUUUACCAUGUGUUAUCGACACUUGCGCACAGCCGAUUCUUUGGAAGGGAUGGAACUCGAUGACGACAAUACCCACUUUGAAGAACAGAAUGAGAAGGAAUCGCUGGGGGACGAACAGGAGUCAGAAGCGAAACGUUUUUGGCCAGACGAUCCCUCCGCUUCUGUUUGCGACUGCUCCUCACUCUACGUGCUUCAUUUGAUGACCCAGGAGCUUGAAAACGUAUCCCCCAUGCGUAAGACGGAGAUGGAAAUGGAGCGCCAGCUUUCUCUGCGAUCUUUGCCGCGGAACCUUACUUUUGAGACGACCAAACCUAGUCAUUACGCAGGAGACGAUGCGCCGUUCAAGAUGACGUUGUUUUGGUCAACUGAUGAUGAUAUAUCUGGGUUCAGGGUCUUCAUCUGCUCCGAUGUCUAUAAGGAUGCGGAACCUCUUUUGAUGAAAUCUAAACCGUGCCAUGAAUUCGAUUUGGAACUGGUGAGCAAGAAUGAGAAUAAAACACAGGCUACUGAUGCGCCGAUGAUUCCUGCUGAAUCGCGCGCUGACGGUUCUGAACACGCGUUGGAAUUCGACUUAUUCUCAAACUCUGAUAAAAUCGUUUUCAACGAUCAUAUUCCAAAUGGCAAGAACUUACUCUUGUCGUUUGCCGUACCACCUUCCCCUUCCUCCUCGGCCUCUUUGAAGAUCGAAUCUCAAGCGCAAAAAGUGACUGUCGAAUGGGGUACAUCACUAGAGUCAGGAGCCGACUCAUGGAUAGUCGUUCUUAAAUGGAAAGACCGUGAAAUUCUUCAAAAAGUAGACGCCCCGAAAGUCGAAGCCUUGUUAGACGAAGAAUUAGGCGAUGAUUAAUUGCUGGUGGUCGAGGUGUAUGCCAAGUCGUCUGCAUGUGGCUUGACCAGCACCAAUUUCGCAUCAAAGGACAUUCAACAUGAACCUCUGCCCGCUCCGGUCCUAGUCACUUCUUCUAGCCAUAUCUCAUCAGUUACAGCCGUGUCAUCGUCAUCGUCUCUGCUAGCGUCACACACAUAUCCGACAUCUGUCGUCGAACAGACCCUGUCUAGGACGCUCAAGGAAACCUACUGUUCCAGAACAUCCACACCCUGCCCCAAUCAACCUUUGUCAUCUGCCGAUUCAACUGUAUCGACGUCCGCUUCGACUUCAAGUAGAGACACUCCAUCUCAGUCCAAUCUUAGUACAAGUACAAGGAUCCCUAGUCCAGGGCUAGAGUAUGUCGACCGUUUCGAUGGCUUUGGAAGUUGUGACAAUGAUGACGGC